AUGUCGCGCUCGCUUUUCUUGCUCCUGUCGCUCACGGUGGUCGCGCUGCUGCCACGCACCGGGGCAGACUCGGACUUUUCGGUUUCGUCCACCUCGACCACAAGCGUCGACUCGACCACCGAGCAUGCCAGCUUCGUCAAGGAAUGGACUCUCACCGCCUCCAACACACACGACAAGAUCGACUCGGACGACGACAGCUCGGACGACGGCGACGACAAGAUCGACUCGAUCAAGCUGCAACUCCCCGGUCGUGUUUUCGUCAGCUAUGUCAGCGGCUUGCCAUCUGGUGUGCUGGGCUACGUGAACGUGUCGGGGGACUCCCAAACCGUGGUCGACGCGGUGAAAGUAAGCUCGAACGACGAUGACGAAGAGCUUGAGGUAAAGUACUCCAGCAGCUCCAGCUCCGCAACCUCGGGCUACUUGCUGACGGAGAUCUACCUGGCGACAAGCAACACCGUGAAGGAGGUCGAGAUUGAGUCCUCAGCGCAAGUCAUCAUCGAGGACGGAGUGUUGGUCUCCAGCAACACGAAUAGAGAGCUUCAGAUCAAGGCGAGUGACUCAAGCGUCGUCAUCACCAUCCGCGAGGACGGUCAGUUCCAGGCGCACGACAAGUCCAGCAUCGCAGUCCUCACGUCGUCCCUCACAGCGGACAAACUGGACCUCGACGCCGAGAACUCGGGUACGAUCUGCGUCUCUGCUGAAGAAGUCACUGCCGGCAGCUACGACGGCGACGAGGCCAGCAAGAUCUCGAUGCCGAACGCCUCGUCCAAGUACACGUCUACGGGUUCGUUCUCGUGCGACGAGAAGAGCACGCCGUCUCGCGAGCCGAGCUGCGUUUCCAGCAGCGCCUGCUCCUCGUCAACUACCAGCGAGUCCAUCACCGCUACCAGUACCCCAAGUGCAACGUCCGCGUCCAGCACCACAACGACCAGCGCUCCGAGUACUUCUACGACUACAACGUCGUCUUCGUCCGGCGUCAAGACCAGCGAGCAGGCCAGCGCUGCCUCAGCUUCGUUCCGCAUGGACACCACCACCAUGACUCUUCUUACGGGGCUGCUAGCCAUCGCGUGCAUUGCCCCCAUGGCCGCGUGGCCGCAGCCGCCACGCUCGCCCACCAACAAUGGCGGGCGUUUCGAGUCGGACACAGCAGGCUUCCAGAGUCUCGGCGCCUUCGGCCACGACGGCUUACUGGGAGGCAGCGGCCAGCUGAGCGGCGGCCUGGAGCUCGGCGGCCUCGGCCUGGGGCUGUCGCCGCCGCCCGCGCCGCACCAGGGGGGCCUGGGCUUGGGCCUGAGCCUCCAGCAGCCGCCACUGCCCAUGGCGCCGCCGCUACCGCCGUCCUCCCCGCGCGCGGAGGGCGGAGGGGGCGCGCUCUACCACCUGCAGCACCAGCAGCAGCUCCACCAGCAGCAGGACUUCUCUAUGGGCUCCGGUCUGAGCUCCUUCGCCGGGCCGUCGGUCUCGGACAGGAGGGGCUUCGACCUGUCGGACGCCAUGCUCAACCUGGAUUUAGGUGGCGGCAUGCUGGGCGGAGGCAGUGACCGUGGAAUGCUGGGAGGCGGCGGCGGCGGCUGGGGAGACCCGUCCGCGGGUCUGUCGUCCGCGUCGCCGUCGUCGGCCUCGCUGCGUGACCAGAUGAACGCGCAGAUGGCGGCGCUGUACCAACAUCCCAAGCCUCCUGCGAACGACAGGUUGCUGUUCCAGCAGCACCAGAGACAGCCAUUAGCGCAGUCAGGAAACGACUUGUUGAGCCUCCUGAAUAAUGGGAAUGGCGACAACAGCUCGGCGUUUGGCGGUCGAGAACUUUACCCUCCUCCGAGUGUGAAUAUUCCAGGUAGCCAUGGGGGUCUCGCGCCCACCAUGUCACCGUCUCGUGGGCCACACUCGAGAAGCUCGACGCCCUCGCGUACGCGCCGCUCGCCGGCCAAAUCGCCCCAACUGCAUCGCGAAAACUCGGCGCCAAGCUCCUUGUCAGGUGGACAGGGCAAUUCAAUUCACGUAUCGCCGGAGGUCACGAAGCCUAACGACAACAUCAAGGUCCAGGUCUCGCUCUUGGCGGAGGAGUGCAUUGUUGGGCGGGUCUUGCUCGUUGGUCUCUUUCGACUUGGACAGCCUACCAAUGACAAGCCGAUCUUCGUCAAGCAGGUACUCUUCGAGAACAAGCUGCACCGGAACUACCGUUUCUUGAACACGCGCAUCACGUUCCGUGCGCCGCGUUCACCGGGCGAGUUUGAGUUCCGCGUGUUCGAAGACAAGAGUGGACACAGCCACCAGUCUAACGGCAAGCGACAGGGUCACGAUGAUCAUCACGACAACCACCACCACGGUAAGGUUUCCUACUCGAACGUCACGAUUGCGCGCAGCAACCGGCUGAAGGUUUGCCUGGAGUACAGCCACUUCAUCGACACGUUGCGCGCGACGCAUGACAAGUUCCAGCAAGGUGUGGCAGAUGGAGACGCUGGCUUGGUAUUGAGCGCGCUUCUGGCACUGAUGAGGCUCGUGGAUCAAGUGGAGACUGUAUUUUUGCACGGGCACGCGUUGCUGGGCGAUCUGCUGGAGGCGUGUCUCCGUCUUUUGGAGCGUCGCGCAGAAGAUAUUGGGCGGUCGUUUGCUGCUACCGAGACGAUCCCGCACCCGAUGGAGACUUUUCACGGCACUUUGCGCAAUGUGUUGAACGCUGUUGAGGCCAACAAGUGCGUCAGAGAGCUUGUGGCAGACGACCAGCUUGCCGAUAUCUCUCGUAUCCAGCGUGAACGGUUCUGCCAGGUCAGUGGACUGUACUUUGCAAAUGAUGGAGACCGCUGCGCCUUCUGGCUCGAACACUUUGGAUUCGCGCCGAUUGAGAUCGCCCCGUCCGGCGUGGAUAACGAUGGCGAGAGUAAGAUGCUGCACUCCUCACCGUUCGUGACGCGUGCUCUCACUCGAUGGGUGGAACGAGAGGCAGCUGUGCUGAUGCCGGACCGCACUGCAUUCCGCGCGUCGCGUCAGUCUAUCUACGACCAGCUGCACGCCGAGGUGAUCUCCAAGUUGUCGUUUACGUGCGAGUUGGACGUUUUCGGAUCGUCGGCCAACGAGUUUGGCUCGGAGAAUAGCGAUAUGGAUAUGUGUCUUGUGUUGCCGGAAGCCACCACUCCGACGGUCGAGGAGAAGCAGCGCAUGCUGAUGGAAGUCGUCGCUCGAUUGGAAUCGCGUCCGGACUUGUUUGCAUCUGUGGACUCGACUCGCCUCACAGCGCGCAUCCCGAUCAUUAUGUUCGUGUCACGUGCCUCUGGCAUCGAGUGCGAUCUUUGUGUCGAAAACCGGUUGGCCCAGCGUAACACGUCGCUGCUCCGCGCGUAUGCUAGUGCAGACCCCCGCGUUCGCAUGUUGGCGUAUGUGAUCAAGCGCUUCGUGAAGCAGCGCCGCAUGAACUGCGCCGCGGAGGGCACGCUAUCGUCGUACGGCUACCUGCUCUUGCUUAUCCACUUCCUCCAGCGCCAGAGCCCACCCGUGUUGCCUGUACUGCAGGCCCUGCCCCCGAACUGGCCGGAUGAGCCUAGAGAGAAACUACCCAGCGUGUUGUGCCGCGGCCCAAGCGACGAGUUGGACCCGAAUGCUACCGACGGCCACAGCGGCAUCGAGACGUACUUCUUCGACCCGUUCGCGUUCCGUGAGCCCAACGAGAAACUGGCCGCUCUGAACGACUUCGGUGCGCGCAACACGCAGUCGGUGGGUGAGUUGCUGCUCGGCUUCCUGCGAUACUACGGCUUGCAGUUCGACGCCACGCGUGACGUGGUUAGCGUCCGUCGCCCCGACGCCGGCACUGUCACCAAGGACGAGAAGCGGCACACGUCGCAGUGGCGUUUCACGACGCGCCUGAGCAUCGAAGAUCCGUUCGAGGUGGGCUACGACGUCGCGCAUGUGCUCAAGGGCUCGCGGGACAAGUACAUCCGCCAGCAGUUCGUGCGCGCGUACGUGCUGCUAAUGGACGGCGCCAUCCAGCACCAGAGCAAACAAGACGAGGAGGAGGCAGACGACCAAGACGUGGCGGCCGACGAUGAGGCUCUGGAGCGCAUCAUGACGAUCGUCAACGAGCACGUGCUGGAAGUGCCGUUCCUGCAGGCGCCUCCGCCUCAUCCGCUGUCGCCUGUACCGAUGCCCAUGCCCCAGGCGCGCGAGGGCUUCUGA